CAACACUCAUUGAGCAUACAAAUUUCCACCAUCGAAAGCAACACAACCAUGUCCAACGCGACCGUCACGCCUUCAAUGCGCGCUGUCGCUUGGAAUGUCCAUUUUACUAUCGGCGAAGACGAGGACCCCGGCGCCUUUGCCGGAAUCCACCAAGUUCCUGGGAGCAAUUUGGUGACCUUUCGCAACGUUUGCGACGAGCUACGCCUUUGCUUCGAAUGCCCAUACGAUAUUUCGGAUAACGAGAACGAGAAAACCUGGACUGACAUUGCCUUCUCGUUGAAUCAAGACAAUUCCCCGAGUUCUUUGGAUCCCGGCUUGUCUUUCGUGACGGAGGCAAAAAUGGAUCAAGCUGUACCAAGUCUGGCGCCUUUGUGCCCCAAAGAACAGAACGUCUUAACAUAUCAUAUAUACUAUCAUAAGAACUGCACUCUACCUUCCGGCUCACCACUCAAGUCUCACAUGCAGGGUUAG